UUCUGAUGGUGCAGAGAAAUUUGCAAGCCAUCUGCCAAAGGAAUGGCUGUAAUUGGCAUCUUUGUCCAAAUGUACCAAGAAAUAAAUAGAAAUGCACAUUAAGGAGGUGUGGCACAAUGACUUGUCAUACAGGGCCUUAGCAGCGUGGCAAGAUUUGGCUGUUUUUGAGCUGCCUCCCCUUUCCCAGUCCCUUUUGCCUCUGGGAGAUCUGAGCUGGCUCCCCCUGCCCAGGUCAUUCCCCUCCCUUCUCCCACUUGCUGCGGAAGGGACAAGUCUACCAUGGCCGGGGACAGACUUCCACGCAAAGUGAUGGAUCCGAAGAAGCUUGCCAGUCUUCUGAAGAGUGGGGCUGAAAGCACGUUGGUCAUUGACAGCCGCUCCUUUGUGGAGUACAACUCCUGGCAUGUCCUCAGCUCUGUCAACAUCUGCUGUUCCAAGCUGGUCAAGAGGAGGCUUCAGCAAGACAAGGUAUCCAUCACAGAGCUCAUCCAACCAGCCUCCAAUAUAAAGGUAUCUAAACUUGGCCCUUCAGUGGAGGCAGAAGAGCACCAAGAUGUGGUAGUCUAUGACCAGAGCACACGGGAUGCAAAUGGACUGGCAGCCGACAGUUUCCUCUCCAUUCUCCUUGGAAAGCUGGACAGCUGUUUCCAUAAUGUCUCCAUCCUUACAGGGGGGUUUGCCACCUUCUCAUCUUGCUUCCCAGGACUCUGUGAAGGUAAACCUGCUGCCAUCCUGCCAAUGAGCAUCUCUCAGCCAUGCUUGCCAGUGGCCAACAUUGGCCCAACACGUAUCCUGCCUCAUCUUUAUCUGGGCUCCCAGAAAGAUGUCUUAAAUAAGGACCUGAUGACUCAGAAUGGGAUAAGCUAUGUCCUCAAUGCCAGCAACUCUUGUCCCAAGCCAGAUUUCAUUUGUGACAGUCACUUCAUGCGCAUUCCUGUCAAUGACAAUUACUGUGAGAAGCUCCUUCCCUGGCUGGACAAGUCCAUUGAGUUUAUAGAUAAGGCCAAGGUGUCCAGCUGUCAGGUGAUAGUGCACUGCUUAGCAGGGAUCUCCCGAUCAGCCACCAUUGCCAUUGCCUACAUCAUGAAGACUAUGGGCAUGUCUUCAGAUGAUGCCUACAGGUUUGUCAAAGACCGGCGGCCCUCAAUAUCACCCAACUUCAAUUUCCUGGGUCAGCUCCUAGAGUAUGAGAGAAGUCUGAAGCUGCUCAAAGCUUUGAAGGCCCAAGGGGAGAAAAAUGAGGGGGAAUUCCAGCAAGACCAAUUUGAAGCACAGGAAGGCAACAAACACCUGUCUACCUCAGAAAAGGCCGAGGAGGUAUUAAAAAGCACAAGUGUGGAGAUCUCUUCAGUUGAUUUUGAGAGGCCAUCAGGAGUUCACAAGGUUGUCUCACCUACUGUGCUACAGCAAGGACUCAAUGGGCUGCACUUGUCUUCUGAGCGUAUCCAAGACACCAACCGACUAAAGCGUUCCUUCUCCCUGGACAUCAAGUCAGCCUACUCUCCUAGCCAGAGGCAAGAUGCCCAACAACCAACAGAGGCAGGAGAAACCCCCAAGCUUUGUAAGCUUGACAGCCCAUCAGGCCCUAAUGGUACAUGCCAAUUCUCUCCUGUUCCAGAUAGUCCAGACUGGCCUAGUGGUCCUGACUUCCUUCUAGAGGCCAAAGUACGACAGAGGCGGAAGCAUCGACAUCAGGCAGGCUCUCCUGCCCAUGGGCUGAGCCUUAAUUUCAGUGGAGUGUGUGCCAUGCAUAAAAGCACCAGCAUGGAGGACAGUCUCAAGCAGACACUUCGGCUGAGCCUUCCCAGUGUGGGGCAACAGCUGGCCCAGCCAGUCACCACCCCAACCUCUGCCGGCACUUGGGGGACGCACUUGGAAUCCCCCAGCACUCCUUCGUCAGAGAAUCCCUGGUACUUCAGCACCGACUUGGCAUCAGGCAGCAAAGGCAGUGGGAGCGGGACUCUGUUUGCCAGUGCCACCACCUACUCUUCAUUCAGCUGCAGCACAAUCCAGGCGAGUUGUGAAAUCAGACUGAGGGACAAGCAGCGAGGGGAGCAGCGGGAUGUGCGGCACAGCUGGCACGAGGACAGCACAACUGAGAAGCAAUUCAAGAGAAGGAGCUGCCAGAUGGAGUUUGAAGAGACCUUGUCAGAGAGCAGGUCUCGAGAAGACCUGGGCAAAAUCAGCAAACAGUCUAGCUUUUCAGGCAGCAUGGAAAUCAUAGAGGUGUCCUGACGUUCACCAUGUGAAAUUUGAGAACAAGUGUGUGUGCAUUGGUCAGUGGGAUGGGUGGGUGGGAAUACUGGCAAGAUAUUUAACUGGGGAGAAGCAAGGCAUGGGUAGGGGUGGGAGUAUUAUUUAUAUGCCUGUAUGCAUUUCCAAAGUGCACACAUGCUAAAAUGAAGGCAAGGCGAAAUGAAUCCGAAGUCAAGAAACAUAAUGGUGCAUGCUUAGUGCUCUUUUUCGCUCCUACCUCCACCUCCAAAAUGAACCACAGCCACAUUCCCUUAUUGGAGGGG